UCGCCCCAGUCCCUACUGUCGUGGGUCCUAAAAUGGCGGACGGCGGAGGCAUUCGUGUUGGGGUGCUAACCGUGAGCGAUCGCUGUUCUAGAGGCAAAGCGGAGGACAGAAGCGGGCCUAAUCUAACACGAUUAGUUCUAGAGGAACCGCGUUUAAGCAUCAAGGAAGUUGCGCACGAAUGUGUCCCCGAUGAUAUCGAGGAAAUAAAGAAAGUCCUUCUCCGAUGGAGUGACGAAGAUCACUUGAAUCUCAUACUGACGACAGGAGGCACUGGUUUCUCACCAAGAGAUGUUACCCCUGAGGCAACAAGUCAGGUUAUUGAUCGCCUGGCACCUGGACUGGCCCACAGGAUGAUGGAGGAGUCACUCAAAGUGACACCCCUUGCAAUGUUGUCAAGACCUGUUUGCGGAACUAGAAAAAGAACACUAAUAAUCAAUUUCCCAGGCAGUGUCAAAGGAUCGCAGGAAUGUUUUCAUUUCAUAAGCCGUGCAUUGCCUCAUGCAAUAGAGCUGCUCAUGGAUUCUCCUAAAGUCAGUGAUACCCACAAGGCCAUGGGAGCUCACCAUCAACAACUUCAACAAGACAACCAUGACUGCUCACGUCGUUUCAAUAAAGUAGACCUUACACGCAUAGCAGAGCGGGAUAGACACUCGCCAUUUCCUAUGGUCCCGAUGGACGAAGCUAUCAACAUCGUCAUGAAGCAAACAGAACAUCUAGGCACUGACACCGUUAACGUAGAAGACGGCAUGGGAUACAUUUUAGCCAAUGAUGUACUCGCAGACUCUCCCUUCCCACCAUUUCCUGCGUCAAUCAAGGAUGGAUACGCCGUCGUUGCGUCGGAUGGCCCUGGAGUCCGGAAGGUUCUUGGUCCAGUUACAGCUGGUGUCGUGACUUCGUCAAUCGUCACGUCUGGUCACGUGAUGCGAAUUACGACUGGGGCCCCAGUGCCUUCUGGGGCGGAUUCGGUUGUUCAAGUGGAGGACACAGAGCUCGUGGAAAGCGCAGACGAGGGUCAAACAGAAGUUCAGGUUAACAUUUUAUCGACACCCAAUCCAGAUCAAGAUAUCAGGGCGAUCGGCUUUGAUAUUGCUGCUGGCGAACUAGUGCUAAGUAAAGGUAGUCCGUUAGGACCCCCUGAGCUUGGUCUCCUAGCAACCGUUGGCGUCACCAAGGUUCCUGUAUAUAGAAAACCGAGAGUGGCAAUUAUGUCGACUGGAAACGAGCUCGUUGGCUCUGGUGAAAUCCCACAGGCAGGACAAAUCAGGGACAGCAACAAAAUCAUGCUUUCUGCUGCUGUUACUAGGGAAGGAUUCGAGGUCCUGGACUUGGGAAUUGCUUUAGACAGCCCUGAUGACCUUCAGGCGAAACUAAAAAGAGGCGUGUCUGAAGCUGACGUCAUCAUCUCCUCUGGGGGCGUGUCCAUGGGAGAGAAGGAUCUUUUGAAACCGGUACUAGAGAAAGGACUUGGUGCCACGGUUCAUUUUGGCCGAGUGUUUAUGAAACCUGGAAAGCCCACGACCUUUGCCAGCCUGCGUACGGGGUCGCAGAAAAAGUUGCUAUUCGCCCUUCCUGGCAACCCGGUUUCGGCGAUGGUGACUUUCUACCUUUUCGUGCUUCCUGCCCUUAGGAAGCUGGCUGGACACCAGUUCCCUCAUUUGACCAAAAUCAAAGCUAAGCUGGCCAAGUCAGUGAGGUUAGACCCCCGUCCAGAAUACCACAGAGCAGUAUUGUCAUGGCAACCAGAUGAUCCAAUCCCAGUGGCGCAGUCAACGGGCAGUCAGUGCAGCAGUCGCCUUCUGAGCAUGCGCACUGCGAACGCGCUGUUAGUUUUGCCGCCACGAUCUGACGAGCUGAUCGAGAUCGGUAGCGGCUCAAUUGUUGACGCUCUCAUUCUUGGUCCAGUGUAGCAGAGAAACAGGAAGAUAUACAUAGCUCUCGGCACCAGUCCCUCUUCAAUCACAAUCCGCAAGGUAUUCUGGGUAGAUUAGCAAUACACAGUAGUACAGUAAUACGAGGACGACGAUGGAAGACUCUAGGGCCGACUUGGUACUGUUUUUUUAUUACCCAAAGACUAUGUAAUGCUUUAACAAUAGAACAGCGCCGUUGAAUUGUGUAGUUCCAGAAAAUGUCCAUACCCCCCUCCCCCUAUUGAGGGGGCCGAAGGUAUGACUUCCCACCCCUCUGGAAUUUCCAACCCCCUGGAAAUAAAUACAGUAACUGUUAAGGAAAAAGGGCAUUUUAACCCCCCCCCCCCUCCCCUCUGGAAAUUCCUGGGCGUUUGAAACCCCCACCCCACUGGAAUUUCCAAUCCUCUCAAUGGGGGGGGGGGAGGGUAUGGAUAUUUUCUGAAACUACACAUUCCACAGUGAUAUACUUAUGUAUACAUCUCAAUUGCACUGGACACAUACAUCUCACUUGCGCCUCAUUGCGGCACUAGAAGGGUCCCAUUACAAGACUGAGAAGUCGCUUAACUUUUCGAGUGGCAAAUUAAAGCCAAAAUCAAAAAGAAAUUGAUCGACAAAAAAUAUCUUUCAAUGAAAAUAUAAAGCCCUUUCUGACAAAAAAGCUUCUCGGCUGAUCUGUUAGCGCUGAAUAAGUAGCUCUAUCAUUUGUCACCCAAGAAGUCACGUGAUCUGGUAGUGCAAGUAGGCCUAUUCGGCCACACUUUAAGUUGUUAUCAAAAAAUAAAGCAGAGCAAAAGCUAAUCCGCUAUGAUGGCGUCAAUCAUAGUUUAAAUUGAGAUUUUAUCCGAAAAAAUAUUCUUCUAAGGUGUUUAUGGGAAGGCUGUGUGCUGAUAAUUUAUUUUUGUAGGAAGAGACUGGGAUUGAGUAGGCAUAUUAAAAAACAGAAUGCUGAUUUUUAAUUACAACAAUUUUCCAUUUUGGGGCAGGUUUUACCCAUGUGUUUUUAAUAUUAUAUUUUCCUAUUUUCUCAAUUUUCGUAAAACAUCGUAAAAUUUGAUUUGACAAUUUCUGGAAGUAAAUUACUUGUAAAAUACACUAGUAUAAAAAUAUAUGUAUUUCUUGCGAGCCUUUUGCUCUGAAAUCAAAUACUGUUGUUUUGUCACUUUGAAUGCUUAUACUUUUUUCACGUCGAAUCCAUUUUGAUGGUUCCAAUACAGAAAAGUUUAAAAAUUAUGAACUCAAAUUGUCUUAAAUUUUUACGAUAAUUUCUGUCUUAUUGUAGCUCUACCCUUCCAAUUGAGUCACUCAUGUUGUAUUCAAAACGCUGAAAAAAUAAAGCCCUGUUUUCGAAAGAA